AAGGCAACGAAAAAAGAAAAGCCCUAGGAUAUCAUUUUGCAGCAUGCAGCAGAAGGAAGAUCACCACCUUUACAAUAUGUCAUGACACGAAGUGGCGGACGCUUCAGACUUGGAAUAUUCAGGAAAUUACGACGUUGCAAUCAUGAGCGACAUCCUGGACGAUAGCAUGCGGGAACAGCUGGCGGCCGCAUUGCUGGGGUGGGGUGAAGAGCAUGGGACGCAACGGGUUUUGGGAGGCACUAUUGAUUCCACCGAGACUGGAGACGACAACGGUCAAGCGACUCCAAAAACGGCGCCGGGCUUCGGCCAUCGGCAGGGCCAGAUUCGAGGAGUGGUUAUGGAUUCCGCGGACGAAGAAGACAAACCGAACGACGACAUCGAUGCCGAUUCUGUGGAGGACCCGAACGAAAUCUCCGACGGUUGGUCCAAACGCGACGUCCACCAACAAGCGAGAAGCGUUGGGACGGAACGACAAGCUCCUGUUGGUCGGAAGGAAAAGGCGCUGCCGCCACUCCCCGACGAGCAGCCGGCCAGUACUUCACCAGAGCCUGAAAUGUCGUGCCGCAUCUCGCGAUUUCCCUUCACCCACCCAUGCGAGGUGCCCGAGCUGAUACCGGACCAAGAGGACAUGUCUGGGACGUCGUCCACCCCAUCGGCGCCGGCUCCGGCGACCCCAGGCGUCACAUCCGAGGUAUUCCGACCACUGUCACAGCUUACCUCUCUCGAUCUCGAGCUUGGGCGUCACCUCAACCCCACUUCCGGGUCAGAAGCGCACUCCGGACAGCGUAAAACGUCAAUUAAGUCGACCAAAACCGCCGAGUCGGAGGGACUUGGUAUCAUCCAGGAAGAGGAGGGGAACACGGAUGAGAAUACGGACGGUGUGUCACUGUUGACACCCACCGAGGCAUCGUAUAACAACCGCAACAGUGAAGGCGGCGACAAGAAAUUGUUUCUCAGCGUUGACGGCAGCCACUGUCCCAGUGUCAGCUCGUUGGGAAGCGGGAGUUCAAGCGAGUGGCGGCCCAGUCAUGGAAACACGGCAACACGGAAAUCCGUCAAUUUCUUCUCGCGUAUCCGCAACGGUGGAAACCGUGCGGAGGAUCCCUGUCUGGAAAGACGGUCCCUAACACCCAUGCAGCUCGCGACUCCCCCUCGAGCGCCAGACCAUCAUGAUGACGAACCGCCGGCACCGGUCGGGGCUAUGCCAACUUUAUCCCACACCAACACUGUUCGUACAGAAGUCAGCACGACUACCAAGUUCUUCCAUCGUAUGCCGUGGCUGGGAGAGUCGCAGCCAAAGAAGCCCGAGGCGGUCUUUGGCGUGGACCUGAAGGAAAGUAUCCGCGUCGCGCCCAUGAAGAUCAGGAUAUCGCACAAGGGGAGGACUACGUCUUAUCGAACGUUUCCUUUGUCGAUGUACAAAUGCUGCGAGUUUAUUCGCCGCGCCGCCGACACCGACGCCAACAUCUUCUCCUCCCCAGGCAACGCUUAUAAUGUAACAAACCUCCAGGCCAUCUUCAGUACUCCUCCAUCGUUCGGUGAGCAGUUCCAGUUUGAAGGCACCGACUACACGGUGUACGACGCCGCGCGACUCAUCCUAGUCUAUCUCGAGUCGCUGCCCAAGCCACUCAUCUCGCCAUCUGUUGUCAAGUCCUGGAUUUUGCUUGCACGGCAAGAAGGCGCUAUUGAACCGCCAUGUCCCCGUGUCGAGACGGGCCUCGACUUCUGGACCGAGGCACUUAACCGCCUACCGACAGCCAACCGCAACCUGACGAAGUACCUUUUGACCGUAUUCGCCGAGGUGCUUCUUGGGGCCAGGGGGGAAAUCAAUGAGGCGGAUGCAAGACAACUAGCGUCAGCCGUGUCGAGAGCCAUGUUUCACCAUGAUGCGGAAGGAGUCAUCCUAGACAACAAGGGAAAAGACCAAAAGAAGAAACCUGUCAGAAGGAACGUGCAACCGACACUGGCGCUUGCAUUCUUAAUCAAGAAGCGGGGCGAGUAUGCUAUGUCGCUCAGUAAAGCAGCCGGAGAAGACGCAUCCAAAAGACACUCUCAGCUGUUUCUGCCGAGCACAAGGGAGAUAUUGGAGUGGAAAGGAGGACCUCGCUGAGGAAGACCGGGGAAGGGAAGGAGGCUCGGGAAGGUGGAUGGUGGUCACGGUGGAGAAAGGAACUAUGUCGAGAU